AGCUGGAGCGCAGGGACGCGGUGGGCACCGUGGCAGCGGCUGGCAGGGCCCAGGAGACCCCCUCCCCUCCGCGGAGAUGGAGGACCCCUACGGCGCCGGCCUGGAUGGCAUCGACUACGAUGACUUCCACAUCCACUCGUCCAUAAUGGAGCCCAAGGAGCCUCCCAUGGAGACGGCUGAAGGCCCCUACCUGGUCAUCGUGGAGCAGCCCAAGCAGCGUGGAUUCCGCUUCCGCUACGGCUGCGAAGGCCCGUCCCACGGCGGGCUGCCCGGAGCCUCCAGCGAGAAGGGACGCAAGACCUACCCUACGGUCAAGAUCUGUAAUUACGUGGGCCUGGCCAAGAUCGAGGUGGACCUGGUGACUCACAGCGAUCCCCCCCGGGCCCAUGCCCACAGCCUGGUGGGCAAACAGUGCACCGAGCUGGGCGUCUGUGUGGUGUCUGUGGGGCCCAAGGACAUGACUGCCCAGUUCAACAACCUGGGGGUCCUCCAUGUGACCAAGAAAAACAUGAUGGAGAUCAUGAUGCAGAAACUACAGCGGCAGCGACUCCGCACGCAGCCCCAAGGGCUGACGGACGCUGAGCGCCGGGAGCUGGAGCAGGAGGCCAAGGAGCUGAAGAAGGUUAUGGAUCUCAGCAUCGUACGGCUCCGCUUUUCGGCCUUCCUGCGCGCCAGUGAUGGUAGCUUCUCCCUGCCCCUGUGCCCGGUCAUCUCCCAGCCCAUCCACGAUAGCAAAUCCCCCGGCGCCUCCAACCUGAAGAUCUCACGUAUGGACAAGACGGCCGGGUCGGUGCGAGGUGGGGAUGAGGUUUACCUGCUCUGUGACAAGGUGCAGAAAGAUGACAUUGAAGUUCGCUUCUAUGAGGACGAUGAGAAUGGCUGGCAGGCGUUUGGGGACUUCUCUCCUACCGAUGUGCACAAGCAGUAUGCCAUCGUGUUCCGGACACCGCCGUACCACAAGAUGCGGAUCGAGCGGCCAGUCACCGUGUUCCUGCAGCUCAAGCGCAAGCGCGGAGGGGACGUUUCUGACUCCAAGCAGUUCACGUACUACCCACUGGUGGAAGAUAAGGAAGAGGUGCAACGGAAGCGCAAGAAGGCACUCCCUGCCUUCUCCCAGCACUUUGGGGGCGGCUCCCACAUGGGGGGCGCCGGCGGGGGAGCAGCGGGGGGCUUCGGAGCAGGAGGAGCGGGCGGAGGAGGUGGUGGUCUCGGCUACUUCCCGGCCCUGAAUUACAGCAGCCCGUACCCGGCAGAGCCUCACCCUAUGAGUGGCUACGCGGGGGCCGGGGGGUCGCGGACUAGCUGGGCCUCCCAGCCCCACAGGGAGGCACUCUCUGAAGAGGAGCCUGGGAAGCGGGAGGCAGACAAGGACCCGGCGUCCUGCCCCGACCACCCUUCCCAGCCCGCGCCUCGCUGCCAGGAGAUGUUGAGCCAAGCCCAGCGGUACAGCCUGCAGAUGUUUGCGCUCGCCCAGCGCAGCGCCCGGUCCCUGCUGGACUACGGGGUGACCGCCGAUGUCCGCACCUUGCUGGCCGGGCAGUACCACCUCCUGGCUGCCCAGGAUGAGAACGGAGACACACCCUUGCAUCUGGCCAUCAUUCACGGGCAGACGGGAGUCAUGGAACAGCUGGCGCACAUCAUCCUGAGGGCCCCCCAGCUGGGAAUCGCUAACCUCACCAACUACCUGCACCAGACACCCCUGCACCUGGCAGUGAUCACGGGGCAGUGCGCCGUGGUCGGCUUCCUGCUCAAGGUGGGCGCGGACCCCACCCUGCUGGACCGGCACGGAGACUCGGCCUUGCACCUGGCGCUGCGGGCGGGCAGCCCCGAGCUCCUGCGGACCCUGCUGGGGCACCCGGGCCCGGCCCUCCUCCAGCUGCUGGCCAUGCCCGAUUACCAAGGAUUUUACCCCGUGCACCUGGCAGUGCGUGCCCGGAGCCCCGAGUGCCUGGACCUGCUGGUGGCCAGCGGGGCGGGCGUCGAGACGGCGGAGCGACAGGGAGGGCGGACAGCCCUGCACUUGGCCACGGAGAUGGAGGAGCUGGGGCUGGUCAGCCACCUCGUCACUAAGCUGGGUGCCAAUGUGAAUGCCCGUACCUUCGCCGGAAACACCCCCCUGCACCUGGCCGCGGGACUGGGCUCUCCAACCCUCACCCGUCUGCUGCUCAAAGCUGGCGCGGAUGUGCAUGCGGAGAACGAGGAGCCCCUGUGCCCGUCCCCUUCCCCCCCAACCUCGGGCAGCGACUCGGACCCGGACAGAGCAGACGGACUAGCAGAAGGGGAAGGGUCGAGGGGAGCCCGUCGGGCCAGCUGUGGACAUAAGCCCCUCGACCUGACCCGCAGCGCCAAAGUCAAGUCUUUGCUGCUGAAAGCCACCAAGGAGCCUCCCCCGACCCCCCCACUGCCCACAGGACCGGUGCUGUCUCUCGGGGGUGCAGCCCUGCAGGGUCUGGAGCGGCUGCUGGACGGACCGGGCGGGUCCGAGGGUGGGGACUGGGCGGAGCUGGCCGAGCGGCUGGGCCUGCGCAGCCUCGUCCCCACUUACCGCGGCACGAGCUCGCCCAGCGGGAGCCUCCUGCGCAGCUAUGAGCUGGCCGGCGGAGACCUGGCGGGGCUGCUGGAGGCGCUGGCGGCCAUGGGCCUGGAGGAGGGUGUGCGGCUCCUGCACGGAGCUGAGUCUGGGGACAAGCUGCCCAGCACAGAGCUGAAAGAGGACAGCGCCUAUGGAAGCCAGUCUGUGGAAGAGGAGGAAGAGGAGCUGGGAAAAUCACCAGCCGGGCCGGGGGCGCUUCCCCACGGCCACCCCCAGCAGCAGGUGCACUGAGCCCAGCCCCCCGUGCGUUCUUGUGCCACUCGGUGGGUGGGGGGGCCGGGUCGGGUUCGGUGGGGCCUCCCGCACCCCCCAACUCCAAGCCCCCCGACGGACCCGCACCCAUCCCCCCCACCCCGCUGUACAGACACUCCUCUUCCCCGCUGUACAGACACCUCUGCCUGUGCCCACGUUAUUUAAUGUCCCCAGUGCGGGUCUCUUAGAUCGGGUGAAUAAAGGUGGCGGUGGGGGACGGGGGGAUGCAGCCUCCCCCACCUUCCCUGCCGGCACUCCUCUGCCUCCGUGCUCACUGCCU